AUGGCACUUAUUAAGCUUAAAACAUUGGAGGAAUAUCUUCAGGGAGUGGACGAUUUCGUCUCGCCUAAAGUGUGUCUGGAGCAGUACAUCACCCCGUCGCAUAUCGCUAGCCAGGCGCUGUACGCGGUGCAGACCAAGUAUGGCGACCUGGAGGGUCGAACGGUGCUGGAUCUCGGCUGCGGGACAGGUAUGCUUUCGAUUGGUGCUGCCAUGCUCGGUGCCGCUCUGGUAGUUGGAACUGAAAUCGAACCGGAUGCCGUAAAGAUUUUCCAGGAAAACUGCAAUGGUUUCGAUCUGCAUAACGUUGACUGCGUGCAGGCAGAUGUGCUGCAGCUCCGGGACAUGUACGGUGGUAAUCGCUUCGAUACGGUAUUGAUGAAUCCACCUUUUGGCACGAAACAGAAUGCCGGUAUCGAUAUGGAUUUCUUGCGCACCGGUCUCGAGUUGGCACAUGACGCCGUCUACUCGAUGCACAAAUCCUCCACCAGAGAACAUAUCACCCGAAAGGCUGCGGCAUGGGGCAUAAAAGGAACAGUUGUGGCCGAGCUACGCUACAAUCUUUCCUCGUCGUACAAGUUCCAUCGUCGUAGUAGUGUCGAUGUAGCGGUGGAUUUUUGGCGUUUCAUACCGUCGUCGCCUGGCCCAAGGAAAACAUCUUAAAUUACAACGUAUGCGGAGUAAUAAAAUUCGUUAUCCUUACCGACCUCACGAUAAA